GGUGACAAGCAGGGCCAUACUGCACACCUACUUAGAACAGGCUGUGUGUGCACCCCAGGCCCCUCUUGGCUCUGGCUGGUCUGGGCUGGCAAGGGUCCCCACCUCAUCGAUAAUUCCUCCCUUGGCAAGGUGGGAUGGGUACCGAAGGUGGCCACCCACACUGAGGCUUGGCCACAUAAGCAGGUUCGGGGCAGGAGCUGCACAGCUGCGGGGUGGCGGUGUGGCUCCACGGGAUGAGGGCCACACUGCUGACUGCUCUCCUGGCUUUGGGAGCCGUGCCUGGGGCCCAGGCCGUGUGGCUGGGGCGACUCGACCCGGUGCAGCUCCUCGGGCCGUGGUACGUCCUCGCCGUGGCCUCCCAAGAGAAGGGCUUUGCUGUGGAGAAGGGCUGGAAGAACGUUGAGGGCGUGGUGGUGGCCCUCACCGCGGACUACCGCCUGGAGAUGCGGACCUCGCGGCACAGGCCGGAGGGGUGCAGCCAGAGCAUGGUGGAGCUGCGGAGGCAGAGUUCUGGAUGGGUGUUCGAGAACCCCGCCCUGGGCGUGCUGGAGUACCGGGUUCUGGGUACCAACUUCAGGGACUACGCCAUCGUCUUCACCCAGCUGGAGUUCGGCGAUGAAGCCUUCAACACCGUGGAGCUGUACAGUCGGACGGCCACAGCCAGCCAGGAGGCCAUGCGACUCUUCACCAGCUGGAGCAGGGGCCUGGGCUUCCUGUCACAGCAGCAGGCCCAGCUGCAGAGGGACCUCACAUGUGCACACGAGAUCCUCCAGGUGGGGCUCCCUGGCCAGCCCCAGGCCAGGGGAGGACGCCUCGCCCAGACUGCUGCCCGGAGGCCCUGCUGCUCUGACGGUGGUGGAGCGCGUGGCGGGUGCCGCUCCGGGUCUCACACUUGUCUUGGUUGGCAGUGACGUUCGCAGCCCCCGUGGACAUGGUGCCCAGUGGCCUGGUGGGGAACAGAGGGCUGCGCUCCGCUG